AUGGACAUUUCAGUUCUUCCCAACAACAAUCACCCAGAGAAGUUCCUUCAGCUGGACGUGGGGAUGUUGCCCUCUACACAUGGGAUGUUUCAGGUUGGGGCAGCCAUGACAGGGCAGAGGCACUGGCACAAUAGGGUCUAUUCACAGAGGGGUCGAGGGGGUUUGAGUGACCAACGAAGGGUCCAUGUUGAGAGAAGAUCUUCCCCCUCUCCAGAUGGUAGUCCUGUUGUUUUCAUGGACAGGUACCUGGAAAAGCACAUCACCCCAGUUACCUUCAAAACCAACAUUAAGAGGAAUCCACUGUACAUGGACAUCCGGACUGUAGACUCAGGGGAAACCCAGAAGUCCAAACCCUCAUGGACAAUACAGGAGUAUGACAGACACUCUAUCCAUGCCAACCUAGCAGACUACAUGAAGGAAGAAAAGACUCCAAAGGAUCUUGACUUCUGGCUAGAGGAUCUCUACACGCCCGGAUAUGAUUCCUUACUCAAGAAGAAGGAGGCAGAACAAAAACGAAAAAAGAUGUGCAAAGUAGUUAGCUGGAUUAUUCUGUCAAUCUGUGUGAUCAUUGUUAUCAUCACAGUCCCGAUUAUGAUCUCAAAGAGAAAUAAUAACUGAUGUGCAAAAUCUGCCAAGGUACAAUAAAAUGCAUCCCAAAAGUCAAAUUUGUGCAAAGCAAUAGCCAUAUGCGUACUCUCAUACCUAUAAACAAUAAGACAAUAACUAUAUUAGCAUAUGGCCUAUUUCAGUAUUCAGAAUAAACCCUGUCCACAUGCAAUCCCUAGACCAGAACCCUUCUGUUGAUAGAUUGUUAAAUAGGUAAUUCCAAUCCAGUUCCCCAAGAUUGACACAUAGACAGACAGGUCUCUACUAUGCUGUAGCAUCAUAUUGGAAGUUGUAUGAGGGGUGGCCAACUAUUUAGUUUGCUCUUUUUCAUCUAAUUUGCUCUUUUUCAAACAUUACAGUGGAAAUCAAAUGUUUGGGCUUGGUCUCAUUUUAAAAUAAAGAUUUAAACAAUUUUGUACAUUUAGAAUGUGUAUUUGCUGUUUUUAAGUACAUCACAAAUUCAGAAUAUUACCAAUACUUUCAG